CUACUUUCCCAUACUAGGUAAUAUUUCUUCUUCUUUAAGCUUGGAGCUCCAUUAAUGGCUUCAAGCUCCUACAAUGAUGUAUAUGUACAUUCUCUCGAUAAUAAUAAAAGUUCCUCCCUUUGACAUGGCACCGCCAAAAAAAUGCUCAUGAUUUUCUCCCGAUUUUGGUUUCCACUGGAACGGACCACUUGUGGUCUGCGCGGUCCAUUUGAGGGACAUAGGAAGCAGAAACAAAUCUCUGGAGGCAAGCCUCGUACCUUACAGCGACCCUGGAAGCUAGAACGGACCUCUUGAGGCCGGCGCUGUUCCUUGGAAGGACUCUGGAGGCUAGCGCCGUCCCUUGGAGGGGACACUUGAAGCUAGAACCUCUUGAGGCUGGCGCGGUCCUUGAAGGGACCCUAGAAGUUGGAACGGACCAAUUGAGGCUGACGCCAUCCCUGGCUCGCUAGAGUUUGAGGAGGCUCGGAGUUGAAUAAGGGUCUCCCUCGCACCUGCCAUCCAUGGCUCGCCGAAGCGGGAGGAAGUGCGCUUGUUAAAGCAGAGGCUUGCUAGAUCUUGCCUGAGGCUCGCCGGACCACAGGAGGCUCGCAGCUCCUGUCUGUGGUUUGUCGGAGGAAGAGGGAGCUAACUAGAGGCUCGCCGCUGCCGCCCGGGGCUUGCCGGAAGAGGAAGGCUCGCUGAAUUUAGACCACGGUUCGCCGAAGAGGACAAUUCUGAUACCUCCCCGUAGCUACCUGAGGUCUGCUGCUGCUCGCCUCGCUCCAGUUGUUUGCCGUCCAUCGGGACUGGUUGAUUUAUUGGAGAUGUUAGGUAUGAAAAGAGAACACUCCCAGCCCGAACUGAAAACACCACCACUCCUCUUUUUUUCUUUCCCUUGACUUUUCCACUCUUAUUUUUAUUUUUUUUACUUUUGUACUUCUCCUCUCUCUUUUUUUAUACUUUCACUAAAUAUUGUACGAACCAAGAAAUCAUACUCCUUAGCUUUUUUUAAGGGUCCUACAGGUAGUGCCAGUGAUGGAAACCGUUUUUUCGGGCGUCGACCCGACGAACUCAGUACCGGGUUGGCACCGCAUCGAACAACGAAAUCUGGAAAAUAAACGUGGAAACUCAAAUCAGGAAAAACCACGGGCCUUUUUGGGCAGUGCCAUGCCGAAGGAAGGAACUUUUAUUAAUCUUUGAGGGAUUUACAUAUAAAUCAUUGUAGGAGCUUGGAGCCAUUAAUAGAGUUCAAAACUUAAAGAAGAAGUAUUAUCUAGUUAUCUAGUAUCGGAAAGUAGGAAUUGACCUCCCCUCCUUCUCCCCGUAGUCUCAUAUUUAAAGGGGAGAAGGAGUGAUUGAUGCAGACAAAAAGGGACCUUCUCCAUGUGAAGCCCAUGUGGCUUCCAGAUGUAAAUGUUCCGCGGGCUCCGUUGAAUAUUUUUACAUCCUUUCAAAUAUAUUUUUCUCUCUAUACAUCUCUGGCUACGUCUUGAAUAAUUUAUCUGAUUUAUAUCUUGGGUACGAGUUUAAGCACCUAUAAUUAAAACCCUCUAAUUUAUCUUUCUUUCUAACUUAUUUACUUCAAUAAUGUGUGAUGGUCGUAAACGACCGAGUAGGCCGACCUAGCAGUCGGGUGUGACUACUAAAGGGUGUCAAGUAUGAGGGAUGAAAGCUAGAGCAAAUGGGCUCGCACAUCGGGUGCUGACACCUGAAUGUGGUUUGGUUCAAUCAACUCGGUAAUAGCUGGGCCCCACUCGUGUGGUACCAAGUUGGCUCAGGGCCAGGUAAAGCUAUGUACGUACCCUCGGACCGUCCAUCAAUUUGUAUAUUAUUCAGUCUCACAAUAAUAUUCUACUUUACUAUUAAUUUAACAUGGUUAUUCUUUAUUUCCUUUCUUUAAAUAUUCUCAUUGAUUAUUAAAUAAAAUAAAGUAGUAUCGUACUUUAAAUUAGCAGCCACAAAAAAACUCAAGAAGAAGUUUAAGUAAUUAACUUUUGAUUGAAUAACUGCUUGAGAUGAUAUCAUCAACGUAUUAUUAAUCUAGAGUAUGGGGAAGAGAAGAGGGUUUUGUUGCUUUGGGUUUUGGAAGAGGAAGAAGGGAAGUGAUGAUGGUCAUGAGAGGGAGGAGGGCGAUGACAACGGGCACGAUGUCGCGGUCGCGAAUCAGUACAAAGUCCGACCAACCGACGAACGCGACGGGUACGAUUAUUAUUGCAUGGCUGACGACCCUGAAAUCGACAUCAAAGCCACCGCUUUCCUCAACAUCAAGAAACAGCAGCUUCGAAACAACGGCUCCUCCAAAACCGACGACGUCUCCAAAUAACGCGCUUAUUUUCUCACAAAUUAAACAAAUAUUCAUCUUGGCCCCUUUCUGUGCAUCCGUGAGUUAAUUUGGUCGAUGUAUAUUGUAUUGAGUCAAAUUAGUCUAUGUAGCUAAAAAUACAAAUAAAAGUUAUUCCUUAUGAUAAAAUUUAUCUUAACAC